GGUCUUUGAGUGGUAACAUAGGGUGAUGCAACUGCCGCACGAGACUCUACUAUAGAAAUCAACUUUAACUCGUGAACAGCAACCAUGUCAUUGUGUUGGGUUCCUUUUUUCUUGGUGGUCUCCGUAUUUUGCCACCUGUGCUGCUGCCAUCCAAUCGGCGGAGGUCCUACCCGAGUCAGAGGAACAUUUUCGUCCGCACCUUGUACGCCUCGGCCGCUGGGGAUAGAAAGCGGACAGAUCCCUGACGGAAGCAUCACUGCGUCGUCUUACCAUGGCACUUAUCCCCCACGUAACGCUCGACUCAACAAAGUGGGUAGCAUCGGAUGGAGACCAAGAACUCCAUCGGGCUCAUGGAUCCAGGUCGAUUUGGGUCAACCCACGGCUGUUACUGGGUCUACAGUACAGGGAUAUACCAGUAAUUCAUAUUACAUCACGGCUUUCUUCGUGAACCACAGUCUCACAGCCGAGUCGAGUGACUGGCAGAGCUUAGCUGAUGCGGACAGCGGAGUAAUCGGAUUCAGUGUGAGUAGUGGGCGACCGACGAAUGUCAGCUUUCCCUUGGUACCCAUUGCACGGUAUCUUCGUAUUUUAACUGCCUCUUGGCAAAGUGCUUACUUCUACCUGAGAUUUGAAGUGUUCGGCUGCCAAGACCAUAUCGACGGUGCUCUGAGGUUGGUGAACGCCAGGGACAGAUACAGUGGCCGAGUGGAAAUCUUCCAUGUGGAUACAGGCACAUGGGGCGCGGUGUGUGCCGACCAGUGGGGCACAGAUGCCGCUCAGGUCGUGUGCCGUCAGGUUGAUCUCGGAGCUGCGAUUCGGGCGAAGACGGCGUCUGAAUUCGGCAGAGGCGAGAAGCCAGUCGUGAUGAACAGGGUGGCCUGUGAGGGGACGGAGAGUCGGCUGGCUGACUGCCCGUUCGUCUGCACCAGCUACCAGGAGUGUGGGGGCUCGCACGUCGCCGGGGUAGUUUGCCGACCGAAACUUAAUACUGUUCGGUUGGUGGGUGGCUACAAUAACUCCAGUGGCCGGGUAGAGAUUUACCGCAAUGACUCAUGGGGUACAAUCUGCGACAACAAGUGGGACUCCACAGAUGCCGGGGUUGUCUGCCGUCAACUCGGGUUCUCGGGGGUCCAAGAGGCAAAAUCCAGUGCCCACUUCGGACAGGGCAGCGGUCCCGUCCACAUGGAAGGCGUGGCGUGUGCUGGCCAAGAGGAUGAGCUAGGACACUGCCCUUCACUUUGUUGGACUGAAUCAAAAUGCAGCCACGGCCGAGAUGCCGGAGUGAUUUGCCUUAAUGACAAUACCAGUGGUUCUGAUGAGGAAAUCAACUCCGAGUAACAAGACAAGUGAAUUUACUCAAGCCAGGGUUGCGGUCCCAUAUAAUGUCUACAUAUAGCAUUUACUCUUUAUGCAGUUGCGUUUGCUCAAAAUGUAGUUUUUAUUAACUGCCAGGGAUUUGGAACAGUGUCUCGGCAUUAUAAUAACUCCAAAAUGCCCUUCCCUCUGCCCUGUUCCAUAAAUGCUGGGGACAGUAGGUAUUAUGCUUAAAUAAUUUGUGUUAAUUCACUAUCUGAUUAAAACUAUAGCUAAUGCCAAAAAGGAUUUCUGCUCUGUACAAAAAUGGUUGGGCAUAUUUUGACCAACGUUUCCCCUAAAUUUGUGCUGAUUUCAACUUCCUAACUUCUUGUCACAAGGAGUCAAACUGUUUUGGAAAAUGACCAUGAACAUUUACACAAAAUUUACCACUAAUUUUAUAAAGUGAUCAUUAUCUGGAUAAUUUAGCUUUGUCCAACUUUUUUUGCCCAACAAUAUUUUUUAUUGAACAACUUCAGACAAAGCGGGGUCAGCUGCGAGCAUCCGAUUGCUACGGAAACGUGUAUGGCAACCACUAUGCGUACUGGUCACCAUGGCUCCGAAGGAAAUCUACUGCAUCGUCAUUCGUUCGUCUACUGCGUGUGAAAUGAGAUAUCGUAACAACUUUUGGGAAACCUCACUCUCGCGAGCUUUGCAUAUUUCUUAAUAUGAGUGACUCAAACCCAGCAGUUCGUCCCUAGUCAUUGCAAUACGUUAUAAGCUAUGCAGCUUUUAAGUUGGACGACAGAACACAAAAGCAAUGCCAUAAUGCCUACUUGGCCCUGGUUGGUAUAAACCAACUGUCAACUGGAUUUUUCGGAAUUCGUUAUUAUGCGCUCCUGUCCAAACUACACAAUCGUACCUAUUCAUGUAGACUCCAUGGAACUUUAAGGGGAAAAAAGGUCUCGAAAGAAAAAAACAAAAAAAGCACCACUUACACGAUGGCACAACGUUACAGAAGUUGUCUUUUUCCUGAAGAAAAGGGGGCACGUGUCAGACAAAAGGAAAUAUGUUUUUGUCCCCAAUGUCCGACUUUUAAACGUAUUUCUGACACCUCACCCGAAAUGCAAAAUUCUGUCAUAACAGACAUUCAAUAAUCAAAGCGCUGUUGGGGCAAUACAAAGGGUGCAUAGUGGCGAAUUAAGCAGAAGGACACACAUUGACGUCACAGACUUGAUCAUUGCAGUCGUUUCAGCAAAACGGAAUUAACAAAGAAUCCGAUUAAACUAUAGUACCCUUUAUUGGGGACGGAUGACAGUCUUUGGACUUAAAAUUUCAAAGCACAAAAACAUUACAACCAACACGCGCUCACUAGCAAAAGUACAUUUCAUUAAUGACAAUGAACGCAUAUUAAAGAUGGAAUUAUGGGCUGCAAAUGGAAGUCAGCUGAUUUUGAGUAGCCCCGGCCAUUAAACAUAUUCAAUAUAAUACCCUUCUUCUCUCCUGUGAAAUACAUAAGCAAGUGCACUUUCAUUGAACUACAGCUAGGCUAAGUGUACGUGUAUUAAAUAUAUUACAUCUUGCGUAAUGUAUCUUAAAUACUUUAAAAACAGACAUAAAAGUACAUCCUCUAGUCUUUACUUGUCAUGAAUGUUUUUCUUCUUUGUGGAAUUUAUAGCUUAUACAUUAAUAUGCUAAAUUAUACACAUAUCUUAAUACUUAAAAUACAAACCCUUUUAACAUUUUAAGCACACAUCGGUAACAAGGUCAAAUAAAGUUUAAACAUGACAACAUGGGUAUUCAUGCAACAACUGUGUUUGUUCAAGUGACUUGAUUCCAUUGCUCACAUUAAAAAUGCUGUAAGCUUUAUUUCAAUUAUAAUCAGUAUCAAACUUACAAAGGUGCGCCCUCAUAGAAAAUCUGUGCAUUUAGUUUAAAACAGAAAUACACUCAGUAAAUCAAGCAAAUCCUCAAAACAUAUAAAAUAACACCCAUUUAUAGUUUCUUCAUCUUGUACAAAGCUUCAGUCUAACCAUCAAGCCGUAUCAAUAAAUAUAUUAUAGUAGAAAACAA